UACGCUGUGGUUGUUGUUAUUUAGCAGUUAUCCUGCUGAGUGUCCAGCCCAAAGAGAAAAAGAUGUUUUUGAAUUAGUUGGUUAAGCUUAACUGGACGGUGGGACUCUCCAGCUUCUCCGCCUGCCGCCCCAUGAGGCGUCCAGAUAAUUCAGCGACAUUUAACGGCGUAGAGUCCGCCAGCAGCUAGCUUAGCUCACCGGCUAGCCCCGGUUAAUUAGCCGCUUAGCUGGCUCCCCCGGCGGACUUCGGGAUGGCAUCUUCCUUCAAGAUUCCCAAGAAGAAACAUCCUCAUGGCUCUGACUCCAGUCCCCUAGACAUGCAGUCACCUCUGUCCCGCCUCCAGACCUCCACCCCUCGACUAAAGUUUUACGGGAAUCAGUCUGGCAGAGGUGGAACUGACAGGAUGCAUUCUGGGAAUCCUGUGGGCGCUUUGUCAGCCAGACAGAGGACACCGUGUAAGCAGCUCUUAGGAAACUUCAAGACACAGCAGGUACUCAAGAGCCCCAUCGGGGGCGGAGCUUCAGACGCCAAUCAAAGAGCAGCAGGCAGCUGGAGCUGCCAAUCACAAGCAGGACAGAGAGAAGUGACCUCAAGCUGUUUGUCAAACAGAUGGCGUCCUAAGAGAGCGUCUGACCGGCUGCUGCAUCCUGAGGUGGCUUUAGAGCACCUGUCUCCACCUCAGAAGAAGAAAGAGCUGUCAGCUUUGGUCAAUAAAAGGAUCUCAGUGGACUCUGUGGACUCUCUGGCUGAGUUCAGAGGUGACGAGCAUCUUAGGAGUUUGAGUUCUUCUACACUGGGAGACAAAAGGUGGAGGAGAGUUGAGUCUAAUGGAGACACUUCUGAGAAGAGCGACACAGGAACUCCUCCCAAAUCUCCUUUGAAACAACAGACAAAGAACUCUUCUAUCUCCAGAUUGAAUCAAACUUCACCCUCAGGCCCACAAAGGCCUGAGGGUCACGAUAAGACCAUCUCCAUGGUCUUAUCGUCGUCGACGACGCCAGUAAGGAGGGUGCGACUUGCCUUCACCAGCAACCUGAAGGUCAACGACAGGGAGAAGGAGAGAGAGAGGUGGAGGCAGUUCAAAGAGAAGACUAAGAACAACAGGUCAGCUGUCCUCCACCGUCAACUGAGGACACCCAAACCGAAGCUGAGCCAACCAACUGAGCCGAGGAACAAAGACCAAACGGCUCAAUUUAUUAAAAUGAGAGGAGAAAAUGAUCACCGGUCCACUGGGUGAAGAAUUUUGUCACUGUGGCAUGGAGGACAAUUCUGGAGAAGAUGAUCCUGCAGGGGAAAGUCAGCCCCUUGCACGCCAGAAGACAUGGGCAAAUUUAAAAAGAAUACAAUGUAUGUGUGUUAUCAAGAAGAUAAUUCUUAAGAACACAAGUUAAUAAACGUACAAUUACUGUCCUAAUUUCGUCUAUCCCUGAGGACAAUCGAGAGCCAAGCACAGCAGUGGGUGACCAAAACGACAGCGAUGAGGAAUGUGUAAUCCACGUUAAUCUCGUUAAAAUGACGUUAAGCCAUAACUGCAUUAACGCGGCAAAUCUCCAUUAGCGAGUUAACGCGGAUCGCCCUGUGCGUUCAUCUCGUCAUUUUAACGAGAUUAACACUGACAGCACUAGUAAUAAACCAACUGUUGGGGUCAUGGAAUUUACACUUUAGGGUAACACUCGCUGACAAGACCCAGUGCAGACUCUUUAUACACUCCAACGACUCAUCUCUCCGUAGUAUGAACACAAACUCUUCUGGUCUGCUCAUGUGAGGUACAGUAGUUGUUCCAUCAUAUCUCACUCCUUAGAUAAUCAUUACUGAUUAACAGUAACAGUGUGUCUGUAGGGACUGUAAAGAUUAAGUCUGAAAAAUUCUACGGUAGAUUUGUUGUCUAGAAAUUGAUAUAAAGACAUCAAAAAUUAUGAUUUCACAAUUUUACAAGUUUAAUGUCGUGUUCGAAGUAGUAUGGGCCGUAUCCUAAAGGAGAUGUGAGGUGGUGCAAGCUCUGAAAUAAUUUUGCCCCCAGUCGCAAUGCUGAUUGACAACAUCAAGAACCAGACUCUGAGAUAAGUGAACUGAAACUCCAUUCAUUUGGUAAGCAUGGCAGAAAAUCUUGCAGUAGAAUUGGGUCUUUGUCUCAAAAAUCAAGAACUGGCUGUGAGAAAACACUGAAGUUCAGGUCAAUUUUCUCUUCUUUGACACAAAACAAUCCACAUAAAUGUUGUAUCAGUGUUACAUUUGUUUAAAUAUUGUUCCAUCUGAAAACGUAUGCAUUUGAGAACAAAGAUGUAAUUAGCUGUGAAUGUUGUACAAACUAUUGCAGUACAGACCUGCAUGCAUUUUUAUACAUUAUACAUGUUAUUGCAAUAAAGAAAGUUAAUGCAUA